UAGUAGUAGCAGGGGAAGAAGAAGGAUAAGAAGAAGUAGAAAAAGAGAAGAUAUCGAUUCGCUGGGGGCGCUCUCCCGCCCUCCCUCCUUCCUAGACCGGCCGCCCCCGGGAUCGCUCGGGCGAAAAAGAAUGAAUGGGGCGCCCCCGGCCGCCGCCGGAGCCGAGGCGCGACGCGUCGGGCAUUGUCUAUGGCCGCGCGCGGCGGGCCCCGGGUGGUGGGCUCUGGCGUGGUCGCCGAGCCCGCGACUGCCUGCCGCCGCGCCUCUGCCGAAGCCUGUGUUGGAAAGGAUACGUAGGCGGACACAGAGCCAUAGGAGCGGCGCGUGCACGAGGCGGUUUGUCCCUCGGCGUGAACAGAUGCCCGGACUCGAAGGCGGAAAUAGGGGGAAGGGAGGAGAGGGGAGAGAGGGGAGAGAGGGACCGGCGGGUGGUGGUGGCCUUCUGGGACGGCAAAUGCGAGAGAUACGCCCGAUGCGGGAUUUAAUGGGCGACCCGCUGGCUCCCAAAGGUGAUAUUCGCGCGCUCAGGAUCGGCGGCCGGGUCGAGUUAGCAACGGCGUGCCGCGUAGACCGCGCAGCUCCCCUCCAGCGCAGUCGUCUGCACGCGCGUGCACGCAAAUUGGUAGAGGAUGGGUCGUGGCAGAAACUAAUUCGCGCUUCAUUCUGUGCGCUGGUUGAGACCGCCUGUGUGCUCGAUAUAAUCACCUGCGCCCCGGCCGUCAGUACCUUGCUCCGAGGCCGCCCUCCCCCCCCCUUAGCCCUCUGAAUCGCCAGCUUGGGGGAAACCAGCGGAUUAUCUAGUAUCUACCGGGCGGCCAGCAGCUGGCUCGAAGCCAGUCUCGGGCAUUAACAAUUACCUACUUGUACAAGGUUCCCCUUUCUAGCAAGUCAAUACUCGUGAGGUAGGAAAAAAGGACGAAAAAAGGGCAUCGAGCGAGGGUCAUGGCAUGCAUGCUAUUUUUCUUUUCACGUCUC